AUGGGCCAAAUACUGUCGACUUUCAGUAGGUUGAGGAACAAAAAAUGGGAUGUACUUGACGAAUCCCAAGCUGCCAAAGAGAAUGAGCUUAUGUUCCAAGGAUUUGAAUGGCAUGUUCCUGCAGACCAACAGCACUGGAACAGACUUCAUGAACGUCUCCCACGUCUAAAGUCAAUUGGUGUGAGCAGCAUCUGGAUUCCACCUGGCUGUAAAGCUGCGACAGGCGGCAACGGUUAUGAUAUCUACGAUCUGUAUGACGUGGGUGAAUUUGAUCAAAAGGGCCAAAUCGCAACAAAAUGGGGAUCGAGAGCAGAUCUUGAAACAUUUAUCGCUCGAGCAAAUGAGCUCGGUAUCGGGAUAUACUGGGAUGCGGUUCUUAACCACAAGGCAGGGGCGGAUAAUAAGGAGCGAUGCAUGGCUGUUCAAGUUGACCCGAAAGACCGGACUGUGAACAUUUCUGAACCUAGGGAGAUAGAAGCUUGGUUAGGUCACGAUUUUCCUGGCCGGGGAACCAAGUGUAGCGACCUUAAGUAUCAUUGGUACCAUUUCAGUGGAAUAGAUUAUGAUAUCCUCCAGAAGCAAUCUGGCAUCUACAAACUGAUAGGGUCAGGAAAUAAGGAUUGGGCCAAAGACGUCAGCACUGAGAAUGGAAAUUAUGACUACCUCAUGUUUGCAGAUGUGGAUUAUUCGAAUACUGAAGUCAAAGAGGAUGUUAAACGUUGGGCUGAAUGGCUCGGGGCUCAAUUCCAAUUGAAAGGCAUGAGGCUCGAUGCUGUCAAGCAUUACUCGAGGGCGUUCUUGAAAGAGUUUAUCCAGCAUAUUCGAACGACCGUCGGACGAGAAUGGUUUCUGGUCGCAGAGUACUGGAGUGGAGAUGUUAGCCUCCUGCUAAAUUAUUUGGAUCAGAUGGAAGGGCUGGUAUCUCUAUUUGAUGCCCCUUUGACAGAGAGGUUCUCCCUUUUUGCGAAGGGGGGCCAAGACAUGCGAAGGAUAUUUGAUAGGACCCUUGUCCAACUUCGACCUCAGAGUGCAGUGACAUUUGUUUCCAAUCACGAUACCCAACCAGGGCAAUCCCUCGAAAUAUUAAUAGCUGGUUGGUUCAAGCCACUUGCAUACGCCCUCAUUCUCCUCCGCCAGGAUGGCUACCCUUGCCUUUUCUAUGGUGACCUUUACGGCAUAAAAAACACUGAACCGAAAUAUCGGCUUCCACCUGUUGACAAACUAGCGGCAUUGGCAACAGUCCGAAAGCUGUACGCGUACGGGAAACAGAGAGACUAUUUUGAUAAUAAGAAAUGUAUUGUAAAAGCUUCAGGUACUCAUACAGGGACAGGUUUUAUCCGUUAUGGCAACACAGCACACUCAUAUGGCCUUGCUUGUGUACUUAAUACCAGCACUAGUGCCGCACCCAUGUCAAAGACAAUGUAUGUCGGCGUACGCCACGCAGGUGAGAGAUGGACGGAAGUAUUCACAUCUGGUGCGGUUACUACCUCCCCAGUCGAGGUUGAUCAUCGAGGAUACGCCGAAUUCAAGAUUGGGCCACAAAGUGUCAGUGUUUGGGUUGACGAGAGGGCAGAAGGUAGAGAAGGGAUUGAUGUCCAUGAGGCGCAUGCUUGA